UAUCUGCCCAGUCUAAAGCGGUGUCAGUCCGCCAGCCGCUGGCGCUGGGUUGUUCGCCUCGCAAUGCGUUCGGAUUUGACGCUCUUGCUAUGACUGACCUGAAAAGUCUUUUGCCUCUGCUGAUAUCAGACCGCUAGCGGCUACGUCGGAGGACGAAAAUCGGAUUUAAAGGGCGAGAUUUGUGAAGUGUGGAGACACGCGAAGACACCAGUCGGGGACCGACGGAAUUAAGACCCGCAUCACCGGAGGCGUCUUUUCGAGCGAAUUUUAUUUAGCUGUGAGAAAAUACAACAUUAGUAAAUCAUGUCAGAUAGCCAGGCGUGUGAUACCCGGGCUCGACAAUUCGCUUUUCCCAGGACUCGCGUCUCGACAGGCCGCUGACUAGACCACAGCACACGGCAGAGGCCAGAGCGGGCGGCGUGCGGCUGGCGUGCGGCUGGCGUGCGGCGGGCGUGUUUCUCCCGGGGCUGAGGCGGCUGGGCGCCAGCGGCGGCGGUCACCAUGCUGAGUAUCCUGGCCGCGGGCACCGUCUUCUUCCCCGGCCUCUUCCUGCUGUCCAAGCAAUGCCUCAAGCGCAUCCCUGCACUCAGCUGGAGCGAGGGAGAUGCAGUGGUGGUGUCCGCCAGGUUGGUGUCCUCCAUUCAGGCCAUCAUGGCCUCCUCCGCUGGAUACAUCAUCUCCAGUUCCUGUGAUGACAUCAUCGAGGACCAACACUGGCUGACCAGCGCCUACAUCCUGUUCGCCGUGCCCUACUUUGUGUACGACAUCUACGCCAUGUUCCUCUGCUACUGGCACAAGCUCCGGGUCAAAGGUCACGAGCUGGACAACGGCCCCAAGCCCAUGGGCGUGGCUCUCACCAGCUACCUCCGCCGAGAGUUCCUGAUGGUCCUCCAUCACGUCGUCAUGGUCACCGUCUGCUUCCCUGUCUCUGUGUUCUGGAGGCGGGGCCGUGGGGACUACUUCCAGGGCGUCAUGUUCCUGGCUGAGCUCAGCACACCCUCCGUGUGUCUGGGCAAGAUCCUCAUCCAGUACAAGCAGCAGCAUACUCUCCUCCACAAAGUGAAUGGGCUUCUCAUGUUGGUCACUUUCUUCGUCUGUCGAGUUCUUCUCUUCCCUUACCUAUACUACGCUUACGGCAGGUAUGCCUCGAUCCCGUUCCACCUGGUUCCGUUGGCAGUUCCGUGGCAGUGUAACCUUGGUGCUGCGUUCCUCAUGGCCCCGCAGCUGUACUGGUUCUCUCUGAUCUGCAGGGGGGCUCUGCGCCUCUUCAGGGGUGCGUCCUCGCGCCCCUCCGCCCGUCCCGCCCCGCUGUCCCCCAAGAAGGAGCGGCCAGACUGCAGCGACGCCCCCACGCCAGCGCAGCCCGCCAACGGCUACAACGCCCAACGUAUGGGCGCGCACGAGACAGCCUCCUCCAAUCACUGAGGCCCGCAGAGAGGAACCCAGGAAGGGAGGAGUGAGGAGGAGGAGGAGGAGGAGGGGAAGGAGGGACAAGAGAGAAAAGAGAAAGAGACAGAAAGACUGCAUGAAGGGGAAGAGGAGAGAGAGAGUGAACUUUGCGGGCCGGGCCUCGGGCGAAGCGGGCGAUAAGGAGGUGGAGCUGCGUGGCAGUGUGGCGUUGCACGGGCGCGUGCUGUGCUGUGAUUGGUUAGAAGAGCUCAGCGCUGCUACUGUGUUGAUCUGGGAGAACUCUCUUGGUCUCUGGCCUAACGCACCAAUCAGGGAGCAGAGAGUUGUCCCAGGGAAACGGCUCUGUGGCAGCCACACAGCUCAAGUGGAAACACAAUGGAUUCAAAUAUGUGUGUGUAUAUACAGUAUAUUCCAUGACUUAUUUAACAUGUAUGUACAUUAUAGCGUAUGCCCUUGUCCAGCCCAGGGUUUCUGCAGCAAGACAUGACUAACCUAAGCUAAGCUAUGGCCUCUGUACACGCACACACACAGACACACACAGACACACAGACACACACACACACACACACACACACACACACACACACACACACACACACACACACACACACACACACACACACACACACACACACACACACACACACACACACACACAGCCGUAUUUUCAGUCGGGAGUAGGGUGAACUGUAAGCUGGGCUGAAGCCGUUAGAAUGUAGAAUGCUCGGGCCCCCAUGGGACCUGACUGUGACAUCCGUAUUUACUGUAUCCAUGACAACGGGCACUGCGUAGAUACUGGUGGAG